AUGAAAUCAAAAAAAAAAGGUAUGUUACAUAAAAAGCUAAAAAACACAAGGAGUGGUGCUAAAGAAUUUUCUUACAGUUCUUUUAAAAAUGAAAUCUUUGGUAUGUACAUGAAAGAAAAACGAAUUUUAAAGAAAAUUCAAGACCAAAAGGCACAAAAAGAAGCUUUGUUGGAAGAAAAAGAGAAUACCCUAAAAAAAGAUAAUCCAUUGGAUUUGCUUACUAACAAUGAUGCUUCUAAUGACUUUAAGAUUGAAAAGGAAUUAAUUUUUCAAAAUGAAGAUAUAUGUCUUGAAGAGAAUGAUGAUGAUGAAUCUGAGCAAACAAUAGAUGAAGAAUCACAUCACUCAGACAUAAAAAAAAGUACCAAAGUAAAACGAGCAAAUAGUCUCCUCGAUGAAGGGGUACACAGUGGUUCGAAACGUAUACAUAAAGAAAGGGGGAGAAAAAAAAAAAAAAAAAGAAGACGAAAGAGGCCAAAAUUAGUAGCUGGUGUAAAAGAUGAAGAAAGUAACAGCGACGAAAGUGUAGAAAGUUAUGAAACAUACGAAGAAAAUGAAAAAGGUGAAAUUAUAAAACAAGGAAGUGAUGACAAAAAAGAUAAAAAAAAAGAUAAAGAAGAAAAUGAACAAACAGAAGUUAUUGUUCAAAUUUUGAAUAUUAUCAUAACAAAAAAUAAAAUAAAAAAUAUUAUAAGGAAAUAUUUUGAAAAUGGAUUUGUAAAUUUUGUUAGUUCAAGUAUGAUAAGAUAUAUUAUAAGAAAAGCAAAAAAAAAAAUCAACAUUCUUACUGUAGAAUCGUUUCUAGUUAAAAAUGUAGAUAUUAAUCAUUUAGAAAGCACUAUAAUUACUAAUAAAAAGGUUGAAAUGUUCAGGGAUUAUAUUUUUUCUCGACAAAAAAUAAAAACCAUUGAAGCCGCUUUAGUGCAAAUAUGUAAAAUAUUACCUGAAGAUUUUAAUAAAGAAAAUUUUCAUAAAGAGUUUGAAAUAACUCAAUUUGAAUACCUACGAUGUAUAGAAGUAUUGUGUACAUACUUGCUAAAGCAAAAUGAUGAAAAUACAAAUGCUUAUAAGAAAUAUAAAAGCAUGGAUAUAUUUGUUAAACAAAUUUUGUAUAAAUAUAUGAAUCAAUCUUCGGAUGAUGAUAAUGUGAUGAAGAAAGGGGAUAAAAAAGGUAGAAAAAAUAAAAAAAAAAUAAAAAAAGACAAAGGGGAAAAUAAAGAUGCUAUUAGCAUUAUAGAUAAUACCAAAGAAAAUGUAAAAGAGAAAAACGAAAAAGAAGACGAGAUACAGGAAUUAAAAGAAAACAAAGAUGAGAUUGAGGACAUCAAUUUGUGUAAUCUAAAAGUAAUGGAUACUAAAAAAGAAAAGACAAUUAGCUGCUCAAAUAUAACCAAUUCAUCAUUUGAUGAAAAUAUGGAAGCUAAAAACAAUUAUAGUAGUUUCGAAAUUUUGAAAAUAAUAGAUAAUAAAUUUAAGAAGAGAGAUUUAGAAAUAAAUAAUUUAAAAAAAUCUAUUGAAUCAAUUGGAAGUAAUAUUCAAUUAUUGUUAAAAUUUAAUGAAGGCUCAAAUGCAAAUAUAAACAUGUCGAAAUCCGUAAGUAUAGAAAAAAAUAUCAGCAAAAGUUUAGAAGGCAUUUCAAAUGAAAUAUAUAAAACAGAAGGUAGUCAUAUUUGGUCUCCAAAUUCAAUUGAAGGACUCCCAGUAUAUCAAAAUAAUAAUCAAUUAGAAGAAAAGACAAAAUUGUUGGGAAUAAAUAAAAAUAAAAUUUCUAAAAAUAUUAAAGAUGCCAAUAAUAGUAAUAUCAUAAUGAAUAACAAAAAGGAAAUGAAUGAAUAUAAUACUUCUCAAGAUAAUAUAUUAAUAGGAAACGAAAAUAAAUUUACAAGUUGCAAAAUCGAACAACUUUUAAUUCCUAGUUUUACAGAAGAAGGUUCCAAUAUAAAAGGACCAAGUGAAUUAGAUAAAUUUAAAGAAAAUGCAUAUAAAUUUAUUAAAUUAAUAAAUUCUGAUUCAAAUUUUGAAAAUAAUAUAAAUGAAAAUGGUAAAGAGAAAUUAAAUAUCAUUUUAAAUACUAUAAACAUAGAAUUUGAAAAACUUUUUAUAAUGUUGGCUGAUAAAAAAUUUAGUGUAAAAAAAAAUAACAAGUUAGCAGAUCAAAUAGUAGAUAAUAAUGUAUCGGGAAUAAAUAUAUCUGUAUCUCAAUCUGAAUUAAUUGAACUUAAUGAAUUAAAAGAUAUAAUAAAAAACAGAAAGAAAAAAAAAUCAAAGAAAAAAAAUAAAGAAAUCAAGGAUCAGGAAAUUAUCAAUGAUGACAUAAACAAUAAAUCUAUAUGUCACAACGAAUUAUUAUUCUUACAGGAUGAUCAAAUUAGUGUUCCAAAGAAAAAGAAAUCUGAUAAGUCUAAGAAAUUAUUAGAAACAAAUAAUAUAACAGAGAAUGAUACAAAGAUUGAAUUAGGUAAAAAUAAAAGGGGAGGUAGUAUUUUAGACAGUCUAAAUUUUUAUAUGAAAACAGAUACUAUUAAUAUGAUAGAUGAUAAUAUUAAAAGAGAAGACAAUGAAUUAAGUAAUAGUGAAAAUAAUGAUGUAUUAUUUAAAAAUGAAAAUGACAAAAAAAAAAAAAUAAAUUAUUUUCAAGAAUACAUGAGUAUAUGUAAUAAAGAUGUAAAAGGAAAAAAAGGAAAUCUUGAUAAUUUGAACAAGAGCAAAUCUGAUGAAAAUAUAAAAAAAAGUGUAUCAGAAAAAAAAGAGAAAAAAGGAAAUUUAUAUAAUUAUUAUGAAAAUUGUAAUAAAGCCGAUUUAUGUAGCCAACUCACAAAUGAAAUAUUAAGUUUAGCAAAAGAAAAAACAAGCUUAGAAAUAAGUCAAACAUUAGAAAUGUUUAAUGAUAGUAAAAAAUUAGAUCCAAUAUUAUUUACUAACAAAGUAAGUAGUGAUAAUACUACUGCGGCAAGUGGUAAGAUUAGCGAGUUGAAAUAUGAUAGGAUUAAUGAAGAUGAAGAUUUAAGUUUGAAAAAAGUUAAAGAUAUAGAUAAGGAAAAGAGUAAAGAAAAAAAAAAUAAAAAUAAAACUAAAAAGGAAUCCAAAGAAACACAAGAAAAAUCAAUUUAUAAUAAUAAUGAAUACCUUUUAAAUCAUGAAAAAGACAAAAUAAGUGAAAGUUCAAUAGAAAGUGGUGAUAGCGUAGUUUACAAUUAUAAUAUAUAUGAUGCGAUUUAUGAUAUGAAUGAGCAAUUUUCAAAUGUCGUUAAGAGCAUACAUAUGGAUCAAAACAUCAGCAAAGUUGAAGUAAUAAAUGAGAGUGAAAAUGAAGAAGGAGAAAAUGAUACUAUCGAAAAAAAAGAUAAAAAGAAAAGAGAAAAAGGAUCAAAAAGAAGAAAAGAACGGAAAAGACAAAAAAAAGAAGAAUUAAAAAAAAAGAAAAAAGAAUUGCGUAAGGAGAAAACAAAAAUUAUAAAGGGAUAUUUGAAAGAAGAAAGGAAAAAGGAAAAGAAAAAAGAAAAAGAAAAGAAAAAAGAACAAAAAAAAGAUGAGCCCAUUAAAAAAAAUGUUGAACCCACUAAAGAAAAAGCAAACGAUACUAAAACCGUUGCACCAUUAAAAAAAAAGAAAAGAAAAUCUUCUAAAGAUAAACGAAAAAAUAGUGAUUAUAAUUUUAUUGACGUUGGAUCAAAUGAUGAAAAAAAGAAAAUCGUGAGUAGAGAAAUGAGUAUAUAUAAUGAUUAUAUAACUCAAGAAGAAGCUAUCAAGGGUAUCAUCAGCAAGAAAUAUAUUCGGGGGAUAAUAUCCAUUCGAAGAUUAGACCAUGGAUGCAUCCUUCACGAAGACAAACAAAUUCACAUAAAAUCGAAGGAAGAUUUGAACAGAGCAAUUGAUGGAGAUGCUGUUGUUGUAGAAUUAAACAAAAUAACAGAUAGUAACAAUAAAUUAAAAGUUGAGCACAAUACUGGAAAAGUUGUAUAUAUUGAAGAGCAUUAUGGAUCAGAUGUACAAUAUGUAUGUAUAUUUAGAGAGAAAGUAAAAGAUAAAAAAUAUAACAUGGCUAUACCAUUUAAAAAAAAUAUUCCAUUAAUUAAAGUUCAAAAUAAACAUAUUAAAGAAUUUAUGGAAAAAUCUAAUGUUAAUGAUAUAAGUAGUCAAUUAGUAUAUAUUAAAAUAUUUCAAUGGAAUUCUACUGAAAAUUAUCCAGAAGGAAAAAUUGUUGAAAUUUUAGGACAAAAUGAUGUAUUUCAUAAUAUGCAAAAUGCAAUAUUAUUGAAUCAUAAUUUAAAUUUUAAUUUAAAAGAUGCAUUAGAAGAUCAAUAUUUAAAAGAAUUAAAAAAUAAAGAUAAAUUUGUUGAAAUAUUAACAGAUGAAUUAAAAAAAAGAAUGGAUUUAAGAAAGGAAUAUGUAUUUACUAUUGAUCCUGAAACAGCUAGAGAUUUAGAUGAUGCUAUUAAUAUUUGUAAAAUUGAUAAAAAAAUUAUUACAAAUUCAAAUUAUUAUAUUAAAAUUAUGCAUAAUUUAAUGUGCCAUAAUGGAGAUAUUGAUGAAACACUUUUAGAACAAAACCUACCUCUUUUUGUUAAUGACGAUAAAGCAUUUUUUGAAAAACUAAAACAAAAUCAAUAUGUUAAAGAGGUUGAAGAUGUUAAAUAUGAAAAUUUUAUGAAGGAAAAGGUAGCCAAUGGCAAUGAAAAAGAAGAGAUGCUCGAUAAGGUAGGUGAAAAGAUCGACGAUGUAGUGAAAAAAGAAAAAUUUGACAAAGGAGGAAAAUGUCUUACUAAUAAUGAAUAUCACUCUGAUGAUGUAGACAAUGGAAAGAUGUUAAAAAGAAAAGAUAGAGAAGAAUCACAUAAAAAUAAAAAACUAAAGAAAGCAGAAAAAAUAGGAAAAAAAAAGAAUACAUGUAUAUCAUCCGAUACAGACAUAGAAACAAGCAUAUUUAAUAAAUGCAAAAAAAAUAAUAAGUUUAUUGAUUUUGGUCAUAAAAAAAUUGAUAAAAUUAUGAUGAAUAAUGAUUAUAAACAAGUUAGUAAUAAAAAAAAACUUAAUAUCCAUUUCAGUAGUAGCGAAGAAAGUCUUGAUGAGUAUACUAAGUUUAAUAAAAAAGACAAAUAUGAUCUUAUAAAAAAAAAUACAAAUUUAAAUAAUAUGGAUGAAAUGGAUGAAAAUUUAAGUAUUCAAAAAUUGAAAAGACAUAAAACCUUUAUAAAUAAUAAAGAAAAAUUUGAAAAAUCGUUUUUAGACAUUUCAUCUAAUCAAGAAGAUAAUAGUAAUGAAAGUGAAAAUGAAAAACUUUUUGAAAAAAAAAAUGAUUUUAAUUUAUUUGUUAGUAAUGAUAAAAAUGAUUUUUCUUAUUUAGAUAAUAUUAUAAAUAAAGAUUGGAAUAGAAGUAAAAUUAACACUCAAAUGAUUGGUGUUAAUAAAAUGACAAAUAUUGAAUUUUUCCCAAAUACAACACAUCGAUGGAAAGACGAUACAAGCCAAAGUAGUAUUAACGACAUUGGAGUGAAUGAAGAAAAUAUUGAGAUUGGAAAAGUAAAUAGGAUUGGUAAAGGUUUAAAAUUUUAUAACACAUCUAUGCAUAGUAAAAAUAUUGAAUGUUUAUAUAAUAGUUCAACUAAUGAAGGUAAUUGUAAUGAUAGUAAGAAGGGGAAAGUAAAAAAUAAAUAUGCUUAUAUUUUUAAACAAAAUAGAAAUAAAGAUAUUGGAUCAGAAUUAUAUAAAGAUUGUGAUAAUUAUUGUUCAAAAUGUAAAAAAUAUAUAACUAUAGAUGACAUAAUUAAUAGUAUGGAUUCAGAGAAAUGGAGGAAAUAUAAUUUAUAUGAAGUAGGUGUACAUAUUACAGAUGUAUCAUAUUUUGUUAAAGAAAAUUCAUCAUUAGAUAUAGAUGCACGAAAUAGAGCAAUGACAAUAUAUUUAACACAUACUUGUUUUCCUAUGUUGUCAAGAAUAUUGAGUGAACAUUUAUGUAGUCUAGAUCCAAUAAAUAACCGUUUAUGUUUAUCAGUAUUUUUUUAUAUGGACAACUCAGGAAAAAUAGAUCAUAAUACAUUUUUUAUUAAAGAAACGGUAAUUGAAAGUAAAGUAAAAUUUACUUAUGAAGAAGUUUAUUCAAUAGUUAGUGGCUAUGUACAAUUAAAAAAAAUAAUAAAUAAAUUGAAAAAAGAUGAAAAAGAUGCAUUUUAUGCAAAACAUACAAAUUAUGAUCAAUCAGAUAAAAAUUCGCAAAACCCUAUUGAAGCUCAAAAAGGUAAAAGUAUUGUAAAUAAUUUUUCUAAAAUGGAAAAUGAAAAUGGACUUGUAAAAAAUAGUAGUAGUAAUGAUGAUAUUAAUAUGUUCGAUUUUAAUGAAAAAAAAAAAAAAAAUUUAGAUAAAAUGGGGGCAAAUGUUGAUAGUAAUGAAAAAAAAGCGGCUAAAAAAAAAGAUGUCAAUAAUAGUGAGAAAAAAGGUAAUAGUCUUUAUAAAAAGUUUUUAAAUCUUCAUUUUUAUUCUAAAAAAAAGAACCCAAGUAUUGUAGAUGUAGAUUCAGAUAGUGAAAAGGGUUUGGGUGGUUCUCCUCCAUCAAUCACAAACAUGAUCAUUGGCAAGGAUGAUGAUAAGAAUGAUAAACAAAAAGGUUUUGAAACCCCUUUUGAAUCUGAUAUGUUUGAAAAUAAAGGAAAGGGAAUAGAUAGCUCGAGUUUUAAUUUUGAAGAUGGAAAAAGUGUUAAGAAAAAAAAUGGAUGUAUUGUUAUGCGAAAAAAAGAUAGAAAUAAAAUAAAUGAAAGAGUUUUACAAAAUGAACAAGUAAAAAAAGGAAUAGAAGGAAUUAUAAAAAUAUUUAAAAAUUUAAAUAAUAAAAAACAUAAUUUAUCAGAAAAAGAAAUAAUUAAUAUUACAAAAAUGUUAUAUGAUAUGUACAAAAUAACAAAAGGUGCAAGAAGUAUUAGAAGAAAAAAUGGAUCUAUAUUAUUUAAUAACGAUAAAAUAAAUUUUGUAUUAUCAAAUACUUGGAGUCCAUUAGGGAUAGUAAAAAAAAAACAUACAUUUGCAAAUUAUAUGAUUGAAGAAUUAAUGUUAAGUGCUAAUAAGUUAGUAGCUAUACGUCAAUAUUUUAGUAAGUAUAGAAAUGCAUCUAUUUUCCGGUCUCAUAAUGCAAACGAUUCUCUUAAUGUUUCCGAUAUAAUUGAAUUAUUACAAAAACAUGGAAUAGAAUUUGAAGUUAAUAAUUUAUCAAAUGUAUUAAAUUUUUUACAAGACAAACAAAAUAAUUUUAAAAGUAAUAAACAAAAAAAUAGUAUUUUUGAACUUGUCUGUGCUUUUGUUAAAAAAAAAAUGGUUAGAGCAGAAUAUCAUACUUACAAACAUAUAAAAGAUAAUGACAUGAGUACAUAUCAUUAUGCUUUGUCUUUUCUUUUAUAUACACAUUUUACAUCCCCCAUUAGAAGAUAUCCAGAUAUUAUUGUCCAUCGUGUUAUUAAAAAAAUUAUUAACGAUGAAAAUAAAAUUAAAGAAAAAUUAUGUACAAGUCAGGAAAUUCUGAGUAUUGCCGAGACACCCGAUGUGGGUAUAAUUGAAACCAUUUGUGAAAAUUGUAACAAGUGUAAAUCACGAUCGAAGAAAGCUCAAAUGGAUUGUGAAAUAGCUUUUCUUUGUUUGUAUUUGCAAAAGCGCGAAACCCCUGGAUACAACAAAGGAAUAAUUAUGGAUAUACAAAGAGACCGAGCCUCCAUAUAUUUUAAAUCCUUUUCUUUUGAAAACCAUUUAUAUUUUACGGGAAUUGAAAAGCAAUAUAACAAAAUAAGCAAAGCCCAUAUGAAAUAUUUGUGUAACUAUACUAUUCAACCAAAUACAACCAAUGGAGAGUUUACUCUUAUAGUUUAUAAGCAAGACACAAAAACGGUGAAACUCCGAAAAGUAUAUAAGCGCUUUGAUUAUAUCCCAUUGUACCUCGUCCCGCUGAACUCAAUGCCACCCUCGUUUUUCUUGGCCGUUGCCUUUUCAAAUAAAUAA